AUGCUUUUUUCUAAGGUUUUAGGAUGUGGGAAAAAGGAAUUGGCAUGUGGCAGUUAUAAUGAAGAAAAUGCAAGGAGGGAGCUUGCAUUGAUGAUUAUAUUGCAUGAAUAUCCACUUUCAAUAGUGGACCAUAUUGGGUUUAUACGAUUUGUAGCAGCAAUUCAACCAUUAUUUCAACUUCUUUCAAGAAAUACAAUGAAGAAAGAGAUACUUGAUAUCUAUGAAGAUGAAAAACAAGUUGUCAUGAAGCUGAUAGAUAUAAAUGAAGGAAGAGUGACAAUUACAUCAGGUAUGUGGGCUGCAAGCAACCAAAAUAAAGGGUAUAUGGCUAUCACGGCUCGCUAUAUUGAUGGAAAUUGGACCUUAUAG